CUCUCUCCCGCACUCCUCUCUGGCGCUCGUUGGCUGGUGUGUGUUGUAGUCUGAUUGCGUAGAGGCGAUGGCGGCGGUGCGUAGUUUACAGGUGUCAGUCAAGCCAGAUACCGGGUCGGAUCGGUCCGAAUCGGACUCCGAAUCCGAACCGGACCGGGACCUCCGCGAACCGGAGCCCAUGGAAGUUGAAGAGGGGGAACUGGAGUCGAUCUCGGUCCAACGGUCACUCAAAGACCUGCUGCCGGACACAAGCCGGCGUUAUGAAAACAAAGCUGGCACGUUCAUCACAGGGAUCGAUGUCACAUCCAAGGAAGCUGUGGAAAAGAAGGACCAGAGAGCCAAGCGCUUCCAUCUGCGAGCCGAGGAGAAUCUGGCCCAGAGGAACGUGGUGCUGGAUCGGGAGACGAUAAAGAAAGCCGUCCCGCGAGUGCGGUUGGAGGCGGUACACAUGACUGGCGUGGAAGAGAUGAGCACGCAGGACAUUUUCGGGUACUACAAGGAGUACCCCCCCGCUCAUAUUGAAUGGAUCGACGAUGCCUCAUGUAACGUGGUGUGGCUGGAUGACGUGACGUCGACCCGAGCCCUGAUCAACAUCAGCCGCAUGCCGGACCUGGAAACGGAGGCCAGCAAGAUGAGCCCGGUGAAGAGCCAGCCGGAGACCAGCGGGAGAGAUCGGAGAAGUCAGGACUCUGACGAGGAGACAGAGGAAGGGGAGGUGGACGACGAGAGUGUGAGCGAGAGCGACGGGAAAGCGCGUGACAGCGAGGAGGAGGAGGAAUCUGAGAAGAAACCUGCCCCCGAGAGCGAGACUGAUUUAUUAUCUCAGGCGGAGAAAGAGUCCCUGCUUCGUAAUGACCUUCGACCUGCCACCAAGCCAUUUAAAGGAAACAAGCUCUUUAUGAGGUUCGCCACACAGGAUGAUAAGAAAGAAUUGGGAGCAGCCAGAAGAAGCCAGUAUUACAUGAAGUAUGGAAACCCCAACUACGGGGGCAUGAAAGGGAUCCUCAGCAACUCCUGGAAGCGGAGGUUCCAUACCCGGCGUAUUCAACGGGACGUCCUGAAGACGAAAAAGAGCAUCAUCGGGGACGAUGUGGGGCUAACACCCCCUUACAAACACCGUCACUCAGACCUGGUGAACGUUCCCGAGGAGCCGAUCGAGGAGGAGGAAGAGGAGGAGGAGGACAUGGAUGAAGAUGAGCGGGUGGUGGAGUACCGGGAGGAGCGGGAGAGGGAGAGGGGGGCUCGCAGCACCACGGCCCCCCUGCGCAGGCCCAGCCCCCCUGACUCGGACUCCGACUCAGACGAGAUGGAUUACGACCUGGAGCUCAAGAUGAUUUCUACCCCCUCUCCCAAGAAGAGCAUGAAGAUGACCAUGUACGCAGACGAGGUGGAGUCCAAGCUCAAGACCAUACGAAACUCCAUGCGGUCCGACACUGUGGUCAGCAGCAACGUCAAGAACAGAAUUGGAACUGGAAGCAAAACCUCCUCGGAGACGGUCACUGACGUCCGGCUCCUAUUGGAGGAGAAACGGCAGAAUUCGACACAGCAGCACCCGUCGUCCAGCACAACCAAAACAGAUGUACGGCAGCGGCUGGGCAAGAGGCCGCACUCCCCCGACAGCCGGGCCGGUAAAGUGACCGUCAUCAGCCCGGCCCCCGUCCCCCGCAGGGAGCCCCUCAGCGACGUGCACAGCCGGCUCGGGACCCCCAGACAGGACCCCCGGGGGCUCUACUCCGAAAACAGCAAAGACAAGAAGCCAGCUGGGAACCUGUGGAGCCGCCUGGGCUCUUCUUCCUCCUCCAGGUCCCUGAGAAAGGAGAAGCUGUCCCCGAGGAAGGCAGUGGCUGCGAGGGGGAGCUCGGGCUCGGAGAAGGAGGAGGACGACUCGGAGCUGCAGAGGGUGUGGGGCAACCUGAUCAAGGAGAAGAAGGAGAAGGAAAAGGAGCAGUCCCUGAAGAAGAGCCGGCUGGACAACCUGCCCUCUCUGCAGAUCGAGAUCAGCCGGGAUAGCAGCAAUGGCUCUGACAGCGAGUCCUGAGGGAGGGAGGGAGGGAGGGAGAGAGAGAGAGAGAGGGGUGGCGGGGAACGGAAAGGACUUGUUUAAAUUGAAAGAGAGAAAAGACCAUGACGAGUGCAACAAGACCCUGCCCUGUGAGACAGAGAGAGAAUUACAAAGCAGGACUAAACUGUUGCGUAGCAGUUUGAGCAGUGCGACGCAAAGAGAAACGGGACUUCUAUUUAAAUAAAGAUAUAAAGGAAGAAAAUGACCAUGCAAAGGGACCUUUUAAAACAAAAGGAAAAAGUAAACCAAGCUUGUGUUGUAUUUUUCACCCCCCCCCCCCCCCCUCCCUCUCUGGUAUCUGGUUUCUUCUCAUACAUGGAGAUGCUGUAUAUAGACUUCAGUUCCAGACAAUCUUUCUUGCAUCUCUCUGCCAUGAAAUCCCCAGAGAAGCUGUACUGUGGUGUGCCUGUCCUGUCAUACAUCCAUUUGUGAUGAAUAUGGUAGUGGAGUUCAACUCUUCUAGGGCUUGGGUUUAGAUCAGAGGUCAGUGACAUGUUAGGGAGCUGUUACUCCUGUUAGUUUUUUUAAAGCUUGUUUUCAAGUUGCACUUUUUGGCUUGUCAUGUUAAGUUUUCUUGACUGUAACGAAUGGGAAUUCUAUCAAAACCUAGUGUCCUAGAUUAAAGCAACUCCACCUGUCUGUCCCCCACUGGCAGGCUCGGAUUGCACCUCAGCCUUGUCAGAACGGUUGUCUGAGUUUCAACACUGGUCCCCUUUGUUUCAAUUUUGACUUCAAGAUUUUUUUUUUUAUUCCAAUGCAAAGGUAAAUAUUAUAGGUAUUGCAAAAAAAAAAAAAAAAAAAUCUGCAACAAACUACUUUUAAUUAAGAGGUUUUUUUAUAAAGCUAAUUUGAUAACAUUUAAAUAUAUACAAAUGUUUUAUCAGUUUCAUUAUAUUGUGGUAAAUUCAUAAUCCCAGAUAGAAAUCCUGCAUUUAACAUUCUGUUCAGACCCUUGUGUUAGGAUUGCAUUCCAAGCCCUGUUUCUGUGGCGAUUCUUGCAACCAUAUCAUUGCUUUGAGCCAGUGUUUAUAAAAAGAAAGGUAAUGGGCAAAAUCUCAAAUGCUGUUUACUCCAAAUUGACAUUAGCCUAUUUCUUUCUGAAAGUACUAAAAAAAUUACACUAAGACUACUAAUAGCGCUGUGCUGUCCUAUUUGUUGGCCUGGUAACUUCGCUUGGUGCGUUACGCCAAUGACGAUUCGGAGUAAGCCUUGAGAAUGUAGCCCAUUCAAUACAUGUCAAAAAGAUAAUAAAAAAAAUGUGUAAAAGGAUCUAAAGUAUAUUGUGAGCAAUUGCCAGCCCAAACAUGCAGAACAUACAGUUUCUAUUCCUUUCUCGCUGUGUAUUUAUUGCCUUCUUGCUGAGAUUGCUCUGUGAGAAAGCCUAUUGCCUCGUCUAAGUGGACCCCAGUUUACGAUCCAAUGCCUUCUAGUGUUAACUACCUGAAUUAACUCAUUGGAGUUAAAGUGAGGGAGAGCGACGGGGAUUCGGGAAGUCAUUUCCUGCUGUAGUUCAGGACAGCAGCUUUUGAACCUGACCCCAUGUUGGUCAACAUGCCCUCUUAUAAGUUUCCUAACCUUAAACACGUUGGUAGAAACGGUACCCGAGGUAGCUGUUGUUUUGACGUUGCCUAGCUUUGUAAUGCACUUUCUGCAUAAUGUAUGAAACUUUAUUUACCAGGGUCAAUAAUAAUGAUAGAGGCACCUGCCACGUGCUAGCGUCAGAAUUCACUGGAACCCCUUCAGUAUGGCAGUAGAACCUUCCUGGAGCUUUACAGAUGCACAGAAACACAAUCUGGUAUAGUUCAAUACCUUGUCCUUUCUUUAAUUGUUUUUGGUAGGUGAUUUUCCCAGCAUUUAGAUUGCCAUGGUUUUCUGCUCACAGUUUUGUAGCUGCUUGCAUUCCACAUCAGAAGGUGAGGAAACCUCACCUUUCCUAAUCUCAACAUGAUGCAUAGACUGCAAAUGGGGAAAGUAAACGUGAGGGGGGGACACCAAAACCACACAGGCCACAGUAAACGUUGCCUGAAGCUACAUGCGCUGUAUUGACCCAGUGCGCCUUGCCUUUUCAGGGCAGCAUAACAAGUCAAUCUCUAUAAACUGAUAAAGCAGCAAGGAGGAGGUGACAUUUCUAAGCAAUCUGUCUUCGAAAACGUUUCUCUGCUGAAGACGCUGGCUGAAAUGUUUCUCUGCCUGACUUGAGUUUCUUUCGAGUUUUGCCUAUAAGGCUGGCUUCACAGAACCCGAUCAGCACGAAUCUUGGCAUACCUGAUCCAGAGGUAUC